CAGCUCCCAGCUAUUGGAGACUGCGAGGUGAAAAAUCCUAAAAGCAUUAAAAACGUGAGUGCAUGUUGAUGGGUGAACGGGUAAAGCGAGGAGGAGGAGUCGGUAAGCCCGAUACGCUCGGCCGAAGAGACACAACACGUGGCAGACGAAAGUGGAACUGAGCGCCGACGUCAGACUUGGGCGCUGGAUGAGACGACGACUAGGACGACGACGACGACGACGAAGGGAAAAGGAUGCCAUCGUCGUCUACCAUUUCGUCUUCGGACAAAUCUAAAGUCAAGCAUGCCCUACCUUCAUCUACGCAUAAGAUCCUGACAGCAACAGUAGCUCGCGUCUACGCAGCCCACCCCAAUCCAAGCAGCUGGAGCUAUGCAGGCGUGGAGGGCGCCUUGGCCUUCGUAAAGGAUCUGUCCAAGAACUCUUUCGCCCUUAAGGUUGUCGACCUCAAGGAUGGCGGGGGAGUCUUGUUCGAGCACGAGCUGUACGAGCCGCUGUCGUACAAUCAGGAUCGCACCUUCUUCCAUACCCUACAGGGAGAUGAAUUUUUGAUCGGGUUCGCAUUCGCAGAUGAAGGGGAGGCAGGCGAAUUCUACAAGAAGGUCAACAAUCGACAGAAGUAUAUCAAAGGCGGAAAGUCAUCGGGAGGAGGGGGAGCGAGCAGCAGUGGUGGAGGGCUGAUGAAGCGCAAGAGCAAGGGCGGAGCCAAGAUCGAUAAGUCGAUGAUCUCGUCUCCCUCAGAGUUCAAGCACGUCUCGCACAUGGGCUUCUCCAGCGAGAAGGGCUUUACCUCGGAGAAUGUCGAUCCGAGCUGGCAGUCUCUGCUCGAGCAGCUCUCCAAUAUGGGUGUCAGUCGAAAAGACAUUGAGAAAAACGAGGGCUUCAUCAAGGACUUCGUUGGCAAACGAGGAGGGCCAGGAAAAGGCGCGGCGCCGCCAGCGGCAAAGGCCAAGAAGGUUCCACCGCCUGCACCGAGCAGAGCACCGACUACAGCCAGGAAGCAGCCGCCGCCUCCCCCGGCUCCGAGAGUCAGGCCCAGCGCGGCCGCUUCUCCCGCCGCCGCAGUAUCAACACCUCCUGCGCCUCCUCCACCUCCGCCUGUCCGAGGGGGAGGGGCUGGUUCAGCAGCUGCCCCCCCACCACCCCCGCCGCCACCUGCCAGAGGUGGUGGUGCACCACCGCCUCCUCCACCUCCGCCUCCAGCACCAGCAAGAGGAGGGCCACCACCUCCCCCACCGCCCCCGCCGGCAGGAUCGGGAGGUGGUGCUCCCCCACCCCCUCCGCCACCACCACCGCCUGGCGGUGCGCCCCCGGCUGCUGCGUCGCUCCCUCCGCCACAAUCAGGACGGGCGGACCUGUUGGCUUCAAUUCAAGGCCAAAGCGUCGCCAAGCUUCGCAAGACGGACCACCCAGCCGCCGCUGCUGGCGCUGGAGCAGGUGCAGCCGUGGGGGCAGGUGCGGCAGCUGCCGCCGCGUCGUCCUCUGCAGCAGACGACGGCGGCGGUUCCGAUGGAGGAGGUGACCUGGCCAGCGCUCUAGCUGCAGCACUUUCCGCUCGCAAGGACAAUAUGGGCGACAGCGACGAUGAUGUAGAAAGCGAAGAAGAGUGGUGAAAGAUCAGAUCCCAUGCCAUACCCCCUUUCUUUUCUCCCCCAACUUCAUGUCCAAUGUGCUGUGUUCGUUUUACAAUUGCAAGUCACAUCCCAUUGCUUCAU